UCCAAUCAAUUUAAAAUCCAUACUUAUUUACUAUAUUUGUAAUCCUUCCAAAACGCAUUAUGAGAACAUAUAUUCCUAUCUUGAGUUCUAAGCCCAUUGGUUCUCUGACGAUUGCUGCGCCUUUUCAAUCAGUUUUCUAGCCUUUAUUGAUCAAAAUUUUAAGAUGCUCAAAAGAUGCUGCUUUUGCAUUAAAUUGCGCAAGGCCUGCAUCAUAAUCGCUGUGUUGGAUUUCCUCAUCAACGUGGUGGUGCUCAACCUGUCCGGUCAGGAGUUUGUUGCACACAUUGAGCAGGCAGUUGCCAUCUGCCAUUGCAUUGGUUGCACCUUCUUACUGGGCGGAGCUUUAAUCAAAUCAACGAUCCUGCUGAUGUUCUUUCUUAUCACUAGCCUGACCAACUGCUUAAUCAUGACUGUGUACUGCAUCUACCAGCUGGUGAACGAAGAACCAUACCGGGAGGUAGUUGUCCCUGCAUCGGUUAUAUAUAUUUGCAUUGCUAUAUACUUUUGGCUCGUCGUCUACUCGUUUUAUGUCCAAGUGAGAAGUCCUCCAGAAGUCAGAGAAGCUUGAUUACCUCGACAUAAGCUCUAAUUGUUGACGGAUUGUUUUAUCCUUUUAUCCAAGGGCUACUAUCCCCAAUAAUAUUUGAGUUAAUUGCAAUACAUUGUAUGCAUCUAUUCAGUUAACUCAUUUAAAAUUGAGAUAUCCUUUGGGCGACUCGAUUUACAAUCCGAACACGACACUAAAAAACCUAAAGUUUCUGUAUCCUGCUAUCUGACAAAAUCGACUCAACGAUAGUUAAACAAAUGGACUAGCUUAUAAAAAAUUUUAAUUCUAAAUCAUUAAAAGCUGUACGUCUU